CGGCGGGCGCGCGGUCCCGCGUGAAAGGAGAAGGAGGGGCAGCGGGGGUGACGGUGCGAGAGCUGCUGGCAGCGCCCGGGCGGUAGUCGGCGGCCCGGGCCCGAGGAGAAGGUGGGCCGGAGGCCAGGUCAGCUGCCCGGACCCUCCGACGCAGCCCCAGACCGAGCGGCAGCGGUUUCUGUUGAGGUGGGGAGGCGCUGCCAAGCCCCAGCUAGGGAAGAUGUUCAACGUGGAGUCGGUGGAGCGGGUGGAGCUGUGCGAGAGCCUUCUCACUUGGAUCCAGACAUUUAAUGUGGAUGCACCAUGCCAGACUGUAGAAGAUUUAACGAAUGGGGUUGUGAUGGCCCAGGUUCUUCAAAAAAUAGAUCCUGCAUAUUUUGAUGAAAAUUGGCUAAACAGAAUCAAAACCGAAGUAGGAGAUAAUUGGAGGCUAAAGAUAAGCAAUUUAAAGAAAAUUUUAAAGGGAAUCCUGGAUUAUAAUCAUGAGAUUUUAGGACAGCAAAUUAAUGACUUUACCCUUCCUGAUGUGAAUCUUAUUGGAGAACAUUCUGAUGCAGCAGAGCUCGGAAGGAUGCUUCAACUCAUCUUAGGCUGUGCUGUGAACUGUGAACAGAAGCAAGAGUACAUCCAAGCCAUUAUGAUGAUGGAGGAAUCUGUUCAGCAUGUUGUCAUGACAGCCAUUCAGGAGCUGAUGAGUAAGGAAUCUCCUGUCUCUGCUGGAAACGAUGCCUAUGUUGACCUUGAUCGCCAGUUGAAGAAAACUACAGAGGAACUAAAUGAAGCUUUGUCAGCAAAAGAAGAAAUUGCUCAAAGAUGCCAUGAACUGGAUAUGCAGGUUGCAGCAUUGCAAGAGGAGAAAAGUAGUCUCUUGGCAGAGAAUCAGGUAUUAAUGGAAAGACUUAAUCAAUCUGAUUCUAUAGAAGAUCCUAACAGUCCUGCAGGAAGAAGGCAUCUGCAGCUCCAAACUCAGCUGGAACAACUCCAAGAAGAAACAUUCAGACUAGAAGCAGCCAAAGAUGAUUAUCGUAUUCGCUGUGAAGAGUUAGAAAAGGAAAUCUCUGAACUUCGGCAACAGAAUGAUGAACUAACCACUUUGGCAGAUGAAGCUCAGUCUCUAAAAGAUGAAAUAGAUGUUCUUAGACAUUCUUCUGAUAAAGUGUCUAAACUAGAAGGCCAAGUGGAAUCAUAUAAAAAGAAGCUAGAAGAUCUUGGUGAUUUGAGGCGUCAGGUUAAACUCUUAGAAGAAAAGAAUACUAUGUAUAUGCAGAACACUGUCAGUCUAGAGGAAGAGUUAAGAAAAGCCAAUGCAGCUCGAAGUCAACUUGAGACAUAUAAGAGACAGGUAGUAGAACUACAAAAUAGAUUAUCUGAAGAAUCGAAGAAAGCAGAUAAAUUAGAUUUUGAAUAUAAGCGGCUAAAAGAAAAAGUUGACAGUCUUCAAAAAGAAAAGGAUAGGUUAAGAACAGAAAGGGAUUCUCUGAAGGAAACCAUUGAAGAGCUUCGUUGUGUACAGGCUCAAGAAGGACAGCUCACAACUCAAGGGUUAAUGCCUCUGGGAAGUCAAGAAUCUUCAGAUAGUCUGGCUGCAGAGAUUGUUACACCUGAAAUCAGGGAGAAACUUAUUCGUCUUCAGCAUGAGAAUAAGAUGUUAAAAAUUAACCAAGAGGGUUCAGACAAUGAAAAAAUUGCCUUAUUGCAGAGUCUUCUGGAUGACGCAAAUCUACGCAAGAAUGAACUGGAGACAGAAAAUAGGCUGGUGAAUCAGAGACUUCUGGAAGUGCAGUCACAAGUUGAAGAAUUGCAAAAAUCUUUACAGGAUCAAGGCUCAAAAGCAGAAGAUUCAGUUCUUCUAAAAAAGAAGCUUGAAGAACAUCUAGAAAAGCUUCAUGAAGCCAAUAAUGAAUUGCAGAAGAAGAGAGCCAUUAUUGAAGAUCUUGAACCACGAUUUAAUAACAGCUCCUUAAAAAUUGAAGAAUUACAAGAAGCUUUACGGAAGAAAGAAGAGGAAAUGAAGCAAAUGGAGGAGCGAUAUAAAAAAUACUUAGAGAAAGCCAAAAGUGUUAUCCGUACUUUAGACCCUAAGCAGAAUCAAGGAGCAGCACCAGAAAUACAAGCUCUUAAAAAUCAGCUCCAGGAACGGGACCGACUAUUCCAUUCUUUAGAGAAAGAAUAUGAGAAAACAAAAAGUCAAAGAGAAAUGGAGGAGAAAUAUAUUGUUAGUGCCUGGUACAAUAUGGGAAUGACCCUGCAUAAAAAGGCGGCUGAAGAUAGACUUGCUAGUACAGGUUCAGGGCAGUCAUUUCUGGCUAGGCAAAGACAAGCAACCAGCACAAGAAGAUCUUAUCCAGGCCAUGUUCAACCAGCCACAGCAAGGUAGACAAGUCUUGCCAUCAGAAUUAAACACCUGCAUUCAAAGCAUACUUCUGUUACAUAUGACAACAUUUCAGGAAAUUCAGCCAGCUUAUUUUUUGUCUCUUUUAUGUUGAUAUUCUUUCUCAUUUGAGGACUUUUUCUCUCCUGUAUCUAUAUUUUAGUUUCUUGGUUCUUUAUUUUGUAGUCCUUUCGGUUCCUUUUAAUGUGCCAAAAAUUUUUAAAUGCCCAAUUAAAAGUGUUGUAUAAUAGUGUAGUACUUUUCUUUGUAUGAAAAUGUCCUUUCCCCAAUGGUGUAGGCUUUGUAAUGAAUUAGAUUUUCUGCCAAUAAUUGAUAUACAAUUUAUAUUCUUUAUUGUGCCUCUGUGUUACCAUGCUUUAUAAGAAUGUCUUUGUUUAAAGGGAAUUAAUCUUUUUAUGAUGUAUUAUUCUGUGUUUUCAGUUGUUUUCCAAAUGCACUUCAAAUAACUUGCAUAUUUACUAUAUAAAAUGGUUGGCAAGUGCACUUUUUGCAAAGACAUAAAUACAUUGGCAGAGGUGCUAAUCAGAUGUUACCUAAGGCACCUGAUAGAUUUAUUUAGAGGGAAAAAAUGAGUUUUCCACAUUGUUUUAUAGGAAAUUAAAUUUGUCCGAAGAUUUGGAAACUAUUUUUAAAACAUACAUAAAAUUUCAUUAUUUCUUGCUAUCUUGUUUGCUGACAGAAGAUAAAUGCAUUGGUUAGGUUAUUUGGGGGGAAAUUACAGAAGAAAAAAAAUCAGGCAGUGCAUUAAUUUUUUUCUUGUUUUGGAAUAUCCUAGUAACUGAACAUCAAAUUCUAGCAAUGUGGCUGACAUUUAUAGCUUCAAUUGCCCUCCACAUCUAAAGGAUUUAUUUUUCAUGUACUUACAAGUAAUAGGUAGCCUUACCUUUGGGACAAUUUCCUUGUUGACUUGCAUCUCAUUUUACUUACUCUUCAAUAUAAACCCUUCAGUUUCUCAGUAAUUCCUAAACCUGACAUCCUAGUAUCAGUCAUUAAGAUCAAUAAGUAACUUCUUGUAUGUGAUGUUACAACAGGUCUCUUAACAUUUUUUCUUAAUUCUAUGUCCUAGUCCAAGACUUUGCUACUGAAUAGAUUCUCUUGGGUAUUUGGUUGCCUCAAAGUUCUUAGAUUUGUUGACAGAUUGUAAACCAUGUUUAUUUACAUUGAUGAAUGGCUGUCAAGUAAUAAUGAUUGUAAAGCACUUUGUAUAAAAGGUGCUAUAUAAAUGUGAAAUAUUAUUCAUUUGAAAAUGAAAUGCCUCUGCCUGACUUUCCAUAGUGACUUAAGAAUUUGGUCCCAAAUUAUAUUUAAGUUCCCCUCCAGCCUUUUUCUUGCAUCAUAGCCAAUUUUUUUUUAAAGCAAAAAGUUAUUGAAAUUAGGUUGAUUGGUUGGUUUUGGUUUUAGAUAGGUCAUCUAAUAAGAUUUUAUUUCAUGUACUUGCUAUUUGGAAGUUCAGGUUUCAUUUAGUCCUGUAUAUUAAAUAUAAAUGAAUAACACUAAAUCAAGCUACGUUAAUUAAGGAUUUUCAGAAACUAUAUUUAGGUGUUUGACUUUAAAUCCUUACUUUUUUUUUAAUAAGAAAAUUGACCUAAAAAUUAGUAGUGUUUUCAUUUGUCCUCAGAAACUGUACUUGAAGAAAGGUAUUAAGAGCAUACACAGAAAUGACUUCAUGCAUUGUGCUAAUUUUUUACAUUCAGUACAGAAGUCUGAGCGCAGUGUGAAUGCUUCUGCCUGAUAAGACUGUAAAGCAGGAAGAAUUUCUAAUAACAGAAAGAACCACAUGAGUAGAAUGCAUUGUGGGGCUUCAGGAGGCUAAGCAGACCUCAUCAAAAUAGUUUUAACGAUAAAAGAUUAAAAACUAGUUAAAAUGGUUCUACCCCUGCCCCCUUAUUUCACAAAUAGCAUAAGCAUUUGGCUGUUUUAAAACAGGACAUGAACACUAACUUUGGUAACAUUAAAAUUAUUUGGGAAUUAUACUACCUGCAGAAUAAUAUAGAUGAAAAUAAGAGUCUAUGAGCUAUUCAUUAAAUGGACUAUAUCCUAUGAGAUGAGAAGUUUUAAUUUUAGUUCUCUAUUUACUGCCCCAGUCCUGGUCUACCUGCGUACCUACCUACUCAGAUAUAUUUCUCUAAAUGGGAGGAAAAGGUGCCAGGCUUUUAGAAACAAGUUUGACUUAUUUUUCUAUGGCAUCUGUUGCAUGCUAUUAUUUUGGUGUUUACAGUCAUAACUUUCACUCUCCUUUACUGUACCUUUAUAGUUUAGUAUGUUACUUUCAUUACAUAGAAGAAAUUAUAUUUCUAAACAUUCUGAUGCUUUUUCAAAAUGCAGGAAUAAAACUUAGCUGUAGCAGUGACAACCCUGUUUCCCUUGCCCAGCUUUGGACAGGAUUUAGAAAUUGCUAUUUCUCCAGGAGUGAUUAAUAAUUUCUCAGGUGGUUUGUGAUGAUGCAUGCAUGGUCUCUCUGGAAGUUGAAAGCCAUUGGGCGCUUUAUUUAGAUGUGAGCUAUACAAUGCUAUAUUUUUACAAACUCCUUGUAUACAGUAGCUUCAUGAAGCCACAGUUCGCGUGGACAGUGGAGCUAGCCCUGGCCUCAGCAAUGGAGUAAGUACAGUGUUACUGCAUUAGGUUGGGGUGACCCAUCCCCGCAGUGUUGAAUUCUUAUCAACAAAAAGCUUAUUUUCUCUUUUCCUUCUAACCAGGGUAAGAAAAUACAAAGUAAAUAACUAAAGAAUAUGAAAGAAUAACAUUUAUGUUCUGCGGUGUAUAUUUACAAAGUUUGUAAUAAAAAAAAAAAUCCAACAAAUAUCAUAGUUUACCACAUAGAAAAAGAAUAAAUAAUACAACUGUACAUAUCUUAAAAGAGCUUCAAAAACUCAAUCAUACCUUUUUAUCAUUUGUCUAAUUAUUUGAUAAUAACCAAGAAAAAGAAGUCCCUAAAUUAAAGGACCCAUGUUCCAGAAUUGAUUAAGAUUGAAUUAUUUGUUUGAUAGCCCUAGCCUGGUAAAAUUGGCUUGUGGGAUGUGAGAUGAUUAGAUUUUAAUACAAUAAUUUUGUUGAAGUUUUAUUGUUUUGUGUUUAUAGUAAAAGUUCAGUUGUACAAAAUUAAGCUAGAUGUUCUCCAGUCAGAAAUAUUGGCUUUUCUAUCUCAUUAGUCCCUGCACAGGCAUGAAAAUCCACACUGUGCAAUAAGUGACUGCUCAGUGAAAGAUGAGUUAGGCUGAAGAAAAGGUAAUUUUAUUAGCUACUUUAUUCACAUCUCCUUUUCAGUAGCAGCUUUGUUUAUUUUUGUUAGCUAAUGAUAAAUAUUUUUGAGUGUCUCUUGCUCUCAGACAAGCAUUCAUCUUUUCAAGAUAACACCAUGUUAAAAAUUUGACAAAGUCUCUCCCAGUAUGAGAAGUAUCUUAAAACAAAAAUCUAAAUUUUUAAAAUUAUCUUAACUCUCUGCACUUAAUUUCCAAUUGUCUAGAUCUCAGGCUUUGGAGUGUUACAGUUAUCCCCAGUUGGAACAUGUGAGAUUAUCUGAAAAAGCAUCCACAACCCACAGCUAGUGUCAACCUAGGUAGUUUACAGCCCCGUGGAUAAGAACAACCGUGAUCCUAAAAUGAGAGGAAAGUGCUUGGUGUCUUGCUUUUUGCUAACUACAGAAUAACAUUAAGACAAAAUGCUUUUUGUUUUCUUUUCAUUAAACUAUGGAAGGAAACUUUGACUUCUUAGCCUUGUAUUAUGAAGGGAUUCUCAUCAAGUUGACGUAGCAUUAUACUUCUUCAAAGUCAAGCCAGUGUGAAACCCUGAAGUAGAUGAAGGAGUGUAUUAAACAAAAGAAAUGGGGUAUCAGAGUCUGAAAAUUAUUUUAGUGUGCUUUUUAUUUUCCCUUUUUAUAAGUUAAGGGGAUUUCCAAUCAAUAAUGAUAAUCUCUUUUUCUAUAGUCCCAACUGUCGAAACAGCAGCUUAUUUUGGUAGUUGUACAACCCAGUUUCAUUACAUUUAGAAAGGGCUUUCAGAGCUUAUUCUUUGUAACUAUAAUGAUUUUAAUAUUUUAUACCAUGAAGUUUUUAUAUGAGGAAGGCUAUUCUCAAUGUAUCUGUCAUCCAAUUUUUACUUUAUCUAUAAAGCAUAUUUAAAUAAUAAUUGGUGUAUGUUCCUUUUAUUGAAAAUUUUGAAAAAUGUUUUAUUGUCCAGUUUAAGCACAAUAAUUUUAUUCUAAAGUUUUAUAGUAAAAACUGUUCAUUUCUCAGAAACCCAAGAAACAAAAUAAUUUGCUACUGACACAGCUAAUUUCCGCCCUUCCCUAUUCCCUAAAAUCACAGAAGUAUUAAUAUUUAGCUUCCUUUUUAUAAAAUGAAGGACAGCACAAAUGUGAUGACAUCCAUCUCUUUUAAAUCAUUGAUUAUGUUCUUAGGAAGAAUGAAUGUAUGAUUAUGUUGUUGUUAAAUAGGCUUUUAUCAAUCCAAUCCAACUCACAUGUGUUAUCUAUGAAUAUAAAAACUUAACGAAGUUUAUUUAAUGUUAUCUUGAACUAUACUUGGAUUCUUCACAUUGCACUUAAAUUGAUAGAGAAAGGAACAUUAGUUUAUUUGAGAAACAAGAGACCUGAACCUAAUUAUGGCAAGUAUAUGAGUUUUGACAAUUGUAGGGGGUCUAUGCAUGUUUCCUAACAAUUAUGUGAUGUCUCUCCGUUAUUUUUCUGUUUUCCAGUAAUAUUCUAUAAGAUAGGUUUGUAUGCUGUAUUUAUAAAUGAGCAUUAAAAUCUGAGAAAAUAACAGAAGGCUGUUAAGGCAAAUCCAUUCCUAGAAAUUAGAAUGGAUUAUGGGGACAAGAAAUGGCCUCAUUGUAAACAAAUAACCAAGCAGAUGGAAGUACUAAUACAAUUUAAAAUAACACUGUCUUAAUAAGUGUUCCUAAAGUGAUAGUUUACAUAAAAUCUUCUGACUUUCUUAACAUGAUCAUUAAAUAAAGAAGAGUAGACAAAAAUAUAAUUUAUUUUCUAACUGUCCUUCCCUUCAGUGGGCAUUAACUGGGCAUACAAUAUUCACUAUACGUUUAUCAGUGGAGGGAAAAGCAUCUAUUUUCAUUCUGAAACUGUUACCCAUUUCUAAAUCUAAGAUAGUGACUUGAAGCCAUUAAGGAUACUAUGAUUUGAUAAGAUGAGAAGAAAUCUGUGGUGGCUGAAAAUUCCUACUGACUUCUCUAGAUCUGCUGCUUUAUCUAGUUUAUAUACCUUAGGCUCAAUUUUAUGUUUCUCCCUAAUUAGACAUAAUAGCCUCCCAACAAAAUUUUGUUUAAAUUGAAGGCAAGAGUAGAGAUUUAAAAAAAUAUAUUCAAGAGAGUUUUUAUGUACCUGAUAAAUUACCCCUAGGCUCAGAAUUAGAUCGUUAAGAGUCUUGAAGAUAAGUCAUGAGAAAAAGUAUCCAUAGCCUCAAACUUCCAGGCCCAUAGGGCUAUCAAAUAUCCUGAAUUAUAUCUACUCAGAGCUUAAAGGAAGAAUUAACUAUCAUGACAAAAGUAAUCUCAAAGUGAGAAAAGGGAAACUACCAAAGCAUGUGUUGCUUUAAUGUAUGUGGGGGGGACUUCUGAGCAGGUGUUACCACUUAAGAGAUCUCGAAGUUGACAAAGGAAAAUAAUUAGUUUAGCAAUUAUAUUGCUAAAAUUAAUAAAAGGGAUGCGUGUUUAUUCUUGUUGUACUUGGCAACCUAUGGGCAGUGAUUACUGUAUAUACAUUCUAUAGUGUGUUUAUGUCACUAUUAGAGGUGAGUGUCUUAAUAUUUACUGUUAUGUCUAAUCAUUAUGUAUUAUUUAUACUUUACUGCAAGACUCACAGCACUUUACUAAUAUUAGGUAAUUAUUUUUCUUCUACUUUUCUGUGGCAUUUUUGAUUUGUAUGUUUUACAAAAACUAGGGGUUUUUUUUCCCUUUUUUGGAGCACUCACUAAGAAAAGUGUAAAAGAUCACCCAAAGAAAUGGGCUCUGUACUCUUCCUGAAAUGUCUAAAGUGGGGUCUGAAAACCUAAGUCUAGAGAUCUAUUUGAAGCGGGAUUGGGGCUACUAGGCAUCAAUUACAUUUUAUAUUUCACAUUAAUAAGACUUUUAUAAGUCAAUACUCAUGAAACCAAGUUCUCUCAAAUGCCAACACACUUGCAACUUUUUGUCUUCUGGAGUUGCGUUAAUAAAAAGUAAACAAUCUUCUAGUUAGAACAUGUUCUAACCUUUGGUUUGCCUCUCUCCUAAAAUACAAACCUAUCAAUUGCCCUUCACUUUCUUUCAUAGUUUCUUCAUCAUUGCCUAGACCCAAGGACAGGAGAAAGAAAGCCAAGUUCCAGGAGCUCUGAAGUCAGAGAAUCUGCGAAAUGGUGGGGGUUAGCUGAUGGGAAAAGGCAGACACUACAGAUGGCAGAAUGCUACAGAAAUAUUCUUCGUUCUGCUGUAACAUGUGCUUAAUGAACUUGGCUAUUAAGUUCAAAUACAGCAAAGUUUUCAGCUUGUUCUGUUGAGAGGUGUCUUUAAGAGUUAGGACUCUUCCAUUUGUAACUGAAAUAUUUAUUGUUAGGUAAACACUGACACAUGAUUACUGCCAAAGAAUAGGGAGAUUUACUCAUAAGAACAGUCUCUUAGAGUUUUGUUUUGUGCUUUUACAUGAGAGAAAUAUAGUGUGAAAAGUUUCUGUAGUGUUUUCUUCUUCAUUCUGCUGAUGCUCUGCUGUUCUGGUGAUGCUCUUUGCUUAAGUCACCUAGAAGAGAGUAACACUGAAAUAGAGAAGUCUAGACCCUGACCUUUGAGGGAAGAUUUGCUUUUGUCCCCCUAAAGUAAAAAGUUAAAAAUGAAAUACACUCAUACACACACAGACAAAAUACAAUGUUUUGAAUAUCUACUAAUUAUUGAUUAAGUUCCCUUCUAAAUGUCUUUAUCAUCUAGUCAGUGGCUUUUUGCUAAUUUAGAUAAGAGUAGAUUCUAGACCUACAUUGUCCAAUUUGUUAGCCACUGGCCACAUGGUGAUUUAAAUUAUAAUUAUUAAAAUUAAAACUUUGGUUCUUCAGUCACCUAGCCACAUUUCCAGUGCUUAGUGCCACACAUGGAUAGUGGUUACCUUAUUGGACAGCAUAAAUACAGAACAUUUCCAUCAUUGCAGAAAAUGCUUUUUUACAGUGCUAUAAUGCCCAAAUAGAAAGAUAAAAUAAAAGUAUUCAAUUAACUUAUAAUAACUCUUAGCUUUCUUCAACUAUGGCAGUAAAAUCUGUUUUUCUUAUAAAAAUUAACACCAGCCCUUUUUAAAGACUUCGGAAAAAUCAAAACCCCAUUCCUUGAAACUAGUUUUCAAUAUAUUUUUAAACAGGUUUUCAGCACUUUACUUUUCAAGUGAUAUAAUUAAAUCAUUUCAUAAAUCAUAACAGUCUCUUCAGGCUUUUCUCCCCUUUUUUGUAGUCUUUCAAAUUGAUGAUACAUGGUUUCUAAUACAUAUAGAGCAGAAACCAGUGAAUUCUUAAUUUAUUUACAAAUAAAUAUUGUUAAACAUUUAUCCUUAUCUUCCAUUAUUUUUAAAAAUAUAUGUGGAUCUAAUGAAAGUGGCGGCAAAAGUUUGUUUAUGUCCCUUUAAACAUUUCUCCCUAACAUCACAUUUGAUUAUCUACUCCCUAAAGGCACAUCAUGAUCCAAAUUAUCUUUUUGGUUUUCCUCAUAGUGUUUCUUGCUCUUAAUAACUUAGAUUAUGAAUCAAGUUCAAUUUCAUGUAUAAAGCAAGCAUUUUAUUCUAGUGACUUAAACAUUUUUAGUAUCAUUUUACUUCUUAACAUAACGAAAAGGAUGUAUAUGGAUGCAUCUUUGAAUUUUUUAAUGAAAAUAAGGGACUAAUCAUAAUUGUUUUGAGUCAGCUUGGUGCUUAGUUAGAACUAUCCUGUUAGAAAGUCUUGAUGCUUGCCUCUUCCUUUUUAAAUAUUUUAAAUCAGGCAACAGACUCAAUCCAGUAGUGUCAAAUUCCAAGCAAAUUAUGAAAUUCUUAUUGCUCAAGUACAGAUGGAUAAAUGGUGUGAUUUGAGGUGGUUUUUUUUUUUUUUAAUUGUUGGCCUAAUUUAGUGUGUGUACUACAUAGACUCAUGUUAAGGGAAAUUUUCAUUAUGCUUGAAGUAAAUAGUAUUUUAGUAUAAAUACAGAAAAUGACUGUACACAAAUGCCAAUCAAUGAUUUGAGGCCUUGAGCCUUUCAUUUUUUAAUAGCCUUAGUUAUUUAAAAUUUAGUUGUACUAAAAUGUCAUUGCUGUCACUAACUUUGCUGUGUACAGGUUAUGUGUAAUUCAGAAUGCUUUGCACUUAGAAGAAUAAUUUCUAGGUUUAUCUUGUUUUGCAGUUUUCAUGUUUUGACAAUUGCCCCACCAUUUAUAACACCCAAUUUUUGGUUGUGUAAUGAGUGGUAAAAUUCAAACAUAUCUAAUAAUUUAAUAAUUUGCCUUAUUUUGAGUAAUAAAUUCUAUCAAAGAUUUGAGGUUAGAAAAAGGCUUUUUUUUCCUAUAGUAUUUUUUAAACUUUUCAGAUGAGCUGGAAAACACCUUAGUACAUUGGAGUUGGAGUUGUAUUGAUUACAGUCCCAGCUCUAAAGCCUUAUACUCAUGUCUUAAGUAUUAUUGAUUUUUCUAUGAAUUGUUGUUAGUUUCCUAUUUGGCAUCAUAGUUAUCCAUCUUGCAGU